AUGCGUCGAACACAUGCAGACCUCAUUCAAUCAUUGGUACGGCAACGUAUCAUUAAAACUGAAAGGAUCAAGUCUGCUAUGUUGGCUACUGAUCGGUUAGAUUUCUCUACCGAUCGAUUAUAUGAAGAUGCACCACAACCGAUUGGAUACAAUGUUACCAUAUCUGCGCCACAUAUGCAUGCGUAUGCGCUCGAAAUGCUCGAAGACAAGCUUGUACCUGGUGCACGUGUGCUUGAUGUCGGUUCGGGUUCGGGAUAUCUGACUGCUUGUAUGGCUCGUUUGGUUCAACCAGGCGGAAAGGUUGUUGGCAUUGAACACAUGCCAGAAUUGGUUCAGUUAGCAAUAAAAAAUAUAUCGAAAAAUGGACGUUCGUUAUUCGAUGAUGGAGUUCUAGAAAUUGUCACAGGAGACGGCCGUCUGGGUUAUCCACAGGAUGGUCCUUAUGAUGCAAUUCAUGUCGGUGCUGCAGCAUCAAGUCGCCCGAACGAAUUAAUCGAUCAGUUAAAGCCCGGUGGACGUCUAGUCGUUCCUGUCGGUGUUGGAAGCCAAAAACUGAUGAUCUACGAAAGAUCUACUGACGGACAUCAAGUUUCCGAACGUGACACGUUGAGCGUUAGCUACGUUCCAUUGACCGAUAAAGCCAAGCAAUGGAGACAUUAG